UUAAACAAUCAAAAACUUGUUUAAAAUCUGUCAUUUUAUCCUAUACGAGAUGAUUUGAUUUUGUAGUUCCCUUAACCUUAGCCAUGAGUUUCGUUGGAGCGGUAGUCGUGAGAAGCUAAACAAAAUGUCCGCAUGCCCAGAGUACCCCCCUCAGCCACUGAUUUGCUGCGAGAGCUGCACGGGGUUGCAUAGAGGAAAUUCUUUUCAGUCGUACUGCCCCCAGUCGUACUGCCCCCAAUGUUACUCUACAUCUUUUUGCCAGCAUCCGGUCCACUCUCCGGAGGAGUUUGCCAAAUUCUCGGACAUAGGUAUUCCAUGCUUUCUGUGCAAGCAGUCGGAUUGUACACCCAAGCUGGAUUGUUGUGACCAAUACUUUGAUGAAUGUGGAGAAAAAAAUACAACUAAAACGGCGACUAGGGAUGAAAAUAGACAGACUGGUAAGCCGGGUACUGGAGCAAAGAAAAGAACGAAAAAACAGAAGACUGAUGACGGAAAUAAACAGACUGAUAGAGCAGAUAAUGGAGAAAACGGAUCGGGCAGACAGAUUACUAAGGACGGAAUUGAACAGAAUGCUAAAACGGAUCUUGGAGCAAACAGAUCGGGAAGACAGUCUACUGGGGAAAGAUAUGGACAGAAUUCUAAGAGGAGUAUUGGAACAAACAGAAAGGGCACACUGCCGAAUGGGGACGGAAAUAUGCAGAAUGGUAGGCUUGAAAAUGGACCAAACAGAAAGGGUAGAGAACCGGAGGCUGACGGCAAUAAAAAGUCUGGUAAACCGGGUAUUGGCGCAAACAAAAUGGGUACACAGGGUAAUGAACCAAAGAGGACAAGUAAUAAGAAGACUGGGGACAAAAAUGGACCGUCUAAUGGCGCUAAUGGUCCGACUGGACAACCUCCGGCUCCCUGGCCGCCUCAAGAAGGAUUCUCUGUGCAUGGAAUAGGUCCUGGAACUCAGGGUAUGCAGGGAAUGGCUCCUGGAUCGCAGGGUAUGCAGGGAAUGGCUCCUGGAACUCAGGGUAUGCAGGGAAUGGCUCCUGGAUCGCAGGGUAUGCAGGGAAUGGCUCCUGUCAGUCAGUUUGGUGCUUACGGUGAACAAGGAGGUUUGCCUACUCCGGGUGCACAAGUUGCAAUGACUGGGAACGAAAAUGGAACGACUAGAAUGUUUUCUAAUGGCGCUAAUGGUCCGAUGGGACAACCUCCGGCUCCCUGGCCGCCUCAAGAAGGAUUUCCUGUCCAUGGAAUGGCUCCAGGAACUCAAGGUAUGCAUGGAAUAGGUCCUGGAACUCAGGGCAUGCAGGGAAUGGCUCCUGGAUCGCAGGGUAUGCAGGGAAUGGCUCCUGGAACUCAGGGUAUGCAGGGAAUGGCUCCUGGAACUCAGGGUAUGCUGGGAAUGGCUCCUCUAACUCAAGUUAUGCAGGGAACGGCUCCUGUCAGUCAGUUUGGUGCUAACGGUGAACAAGGAGGUUUGCCUACUCCGGGUGCACAAGUUGCCAUGACUGGGAACGAAAAUGGAACGACUAGAAUGUUUGCUAAUGGCGCUAAUGGUCCGAUGGGACAACCUCCGGCUCCCUGGCCGCCUCAAGAAGGAUUCCCUGUGCAUGGAAUGGCUCCUGGAACUCAAGGUAUGCAUGGAAUAGCUCCUGGAACUCAGGGCAUACAGGGAAUGGCUCCUGGAUCACAGGGUAUGCACGGAAUGGCUCCAGGAACGCACGGAAUACAGGGAAUGGCUCCUGGCAGUCAGUUUCGUGUUUACGGUGAAGAAGAAGUUUUGCCCACUCCGCGUGCACAAGGUUCCAUGCCUGGAUAUAUAACAAAGCAAAUACCAAGGUACAAGGAUCCAGGAUCCAUGGCAAUCGGUUAUCCACCUCAAUUAUAUCAAGCUCCAGGAGGUGGUCCACAAGAUCUGCUAGGAUAUGGUCAACCAGCUGUGCAGGCAAAUGCGACUUACGGACAAGGAGAGGCGCAAUCAGCUCAAUCGAGGAAGUCGCAGGAGAAGACCGGAGAAGAUUGUGAUCAGUGCAAUCCCAGCAGAGAUGCUAUUCAUCGAGUCCUUCAGUCGCUGCAAUUGUCAUUUCCCGAGAAUGGUCUGCAGAAUUGUUGUCUCCUUCUGCCUGUCAAUCUCGACACUGCCAACCGGAUAGAUGAGGGCGAUUCCAAGAAGGAAAAGGAAUCGUCACUAAAACGCAAACUUGGCAAACGCGAUGCAGAUAGUAAGAAGGCUACAUCUGGUGCUGCUUUACCCACUCCCAUAUCGAAAGAAUCAAUGCCAGCUUCGGCGAAUACCGCAAAUGGUUCCAGUGACUGCAGUCCUGUUGUAUUUCCGGAGCAAUCGAUGCCAUCCUUCUGCUGGAAUAACAGUUUCUUUAUUCAAGCCGACGAAUGCACGCAGACGGGAUCAUCCAAGCCCAGAAAGAACCCAAAAGAAUUGCCGCCUGCAGUUCAGUGCGAACAUGCACCAGCAGAAGCCCCCAUUUCGAGUGGUUUCAACACCUGCUGCAAUGCCUACUGCGAUUCCUGCUAUUGGCCCUUUUACUACUACUACGACCCAUACAUCGGCUGCUACUGUUGGUACCCCAGCCCCAACUACUGCAAUGGCUGCCAGAACUGCUGUCCUCUUAAUCCGCUGGAGAAGAUAAGCGAGAAACCCCAGCACAAGGAAGAAGCCCCAGUGCCCGCAGCAGCAGCGCCAAAAAAAAAGAAGAAAAUUGCAAGGAAAAGGGCGGUGGGCCAGAGCAGAUGAGCUGUAACCUGGGAUGCACCAUCUCCAAAUGCCAAACUGCAGCGGUCCCCAGGGAUAUGAGGCAGGCUAUUAUCCCACGGCCCCACCCUAUGGUUGCUCCGUUUAUGGGCAGAUUGAAUUGGCCAACAGAAUUCCUUGAUCCAAGUGUCGGGUAGCUACUCAAAGCACGAAUCUUGCAAGGACGCCACAUUGUAUGUGCACGACUCGAACGACACGUUCUGCUCUAUGUCUCCAAAUUUAACGUGGAAUACACUUUUUACCAUUUUGAAGAACAAGUCUAUGAAAGAAUAAUAAAUAAAAAGAUAGAUCUGAUUGUGGCGAAUUAUCCAUAGGUGUCACAGAAUCUCUA